AUGCCUGAUGCUUCCCCCACGGGCGCGAUUCGUGCUGCCGCUGCUGCCGCAGCCGCGGUGAGAGACGACCUGGCGGCUAAGGAGAAGUACUCCAAGACUCGUCGCAAGGGGCUGAUACAUAACAGCGAUGAUGAGAACAUGAGGCGGAAAAAUGGAACACCACAGUCAAAGUCGAUGGGUGAUAUGGAGAGAAAUCACCCGCGACCACUGAUUCCUGGACGUCUAACCAGGGAACACAUGGACAGCAGAAAUGUGCCUGCAGGGGGCUUUGCUGGGGCCGUUCACCGUGACAGCCGGGAUGCAGAACAAGCCGGAGGAGAAAGUAUGAGCGGAAGACCAGAGACGAGGAGGAAGGACAAUGAGCCACUGAACAAGGUGUUACUCUGUAGCGUUGCUGUCUACUGGAACAGCGGAGAAAGGCGAUUGAUCAGUGCAGAGCCGAAUGCGAUCGAACUGCUUUACGUUAUAGCGGCACCUGUCUGGUCGUCGCCGCCGGUCAGUGCAGCGCGAAGCGCCGCUGCGGACGCCGAAGCUCUCGCCGCAGAACUCGCUGCAGCGGCUGCAACGGGAAGGGACACCGAAGGGCGAGAAGGCGCACGAGGGUUGCUGUUGCAGCCCCCUCCUGAAUCGCCGUUGCCAGUCUGCACCAGCAUCGAGUUAGGCGGAAGCGAGGGUGCGGCAGACCGCGCACGACAAAAGGUUGUCUACGCUCCCUUGUCGCGUGCUAAGCUGAGGCGGGGUCGGAAGGAAGACCGCGGCUUAGAGGGAUGCCGGUGGUUGCUACAUCUCUCCUUUUUUGAAUUUUCGGUCGUAAUGCAACGAAGACAGGGCCCAUCAUCUAGCUUAGAACUUCGAGUCGAUGGCCAUGUUGAGCCAGUGAUUUUCCACGUGGAUAGGGAUACACUUGGAGACAUUCGGUCGCUGCACAUGCAUUUGCAAGGAUUCGAAUUUUUCAAGACAUCCGUACUGGUGGCUCCCACCCUUUUCCGCCCUCUGCGCGAACGGUACAAAAUCGAGACGACUGACAGGUUCAUUUCUCAACAGGCUGACAUCGGUGGCGCAGCAAGCAGCGAGCUGAAUCCGGACGAACCACGUCGCCCAGUGUCACUGAAGGUUUUUCCGUCUGCUGAAAAGAGGUGCCUUUCGUCUCCGUCGAAUUCUGGAGAGGACGACUUCAAGGCGCUUGCAUCUGGGCGCGUCGGUUCACUCCCUGCCCCGGAAACUGACACCGCAGUGUCCCCAGACGAUCCCCACCCCUUCCAUCGAGCGCUGGUUGCGCGUCAGCGGUGGAAAUUUGCCGUAACCGCCGUGUGCUGGCUGCGGCACCUCCAGCGACUAGGCUCCUCAGUCCAGUCUCUGUUUAGCCUACCUGUGCUCACGAUUCUCAAGCAACAACGCGCUUACAUCGAGUUGCGGUGUAGGUAUCGCUGUGAGGUAUCGAAGGCGCAACAAGCCCGUGCUAAAGCGUCAAUGCUUUGGAGAGCGUACAGAUUUUCUUCAAGCGGUGUGUCGCCAGAAGAAGAUCUCGCUCGAGAGCUCCGCCGGAUGGAAGACGAGGACUUGCUUUAUAUUCCGAUAGAGCUGGUUAUGCUGUGGUGCCGCCAGGCAGUGCUGGACCCCGGCUUACCCCCGUAUGAUCUCUUUCUUCUUCACAGGCAUCCGCGUGGUACAUAUGAUGAGAUGGAUACGGAUUCGGAGGAUUAUAAACGCCAUAUCGUGACGUGGGAUGCACAAGCCUCUACCGUGGAGGAGAAGAGCGUCACGGGUUCAGUGAGGAUGGGGGAGACUGGACGCCAUGGCGUGUCUUUUGCUCCUGACCAUCUGUAUUCAGAAGCCACGCACUCCUCUAUCUAUGCUAACCCUGCUAAUGCGACGCUCGGAUUUGCUGAUACUGCUGCAUAUGGCCUUCCUCCUUUGUCUGUAUCUCCUUUUACAUUAUCAUUCUCUUUGCUUCCCCGGCGGAUCCGCCAAAUGGUCCACAACGCGUUUCCUGGAGAAGGACUGGAUACUGAUGGCAAUGUUCAGAGCCUCCCCUCCAGUUCACAGCUCUUUCCUGACCUUCCGUGGAUGAUGUAUGGUCGGCAUGACUCAAGCCAGCGUUCAGCUCCUCCACCUCGCUUCACUCCGUGGAGCACUUCUCGCCCGCGGGGGGGCCAUCGCCAGCCGCCACCGACUGGAGGUCGGUAUAGGUGUGCAGAGGCAGCUGAUGGACGGCCGCUCCCAGCACCAGGUCCUUCCUCUUCUGAUGGAACCGCGCGUGUGCGUCUGGGUGGCAGAGGCUUCAGGCAGGGAGUCCGUCAGUGGGUGUUUGGGCCGCAUUCAGCAGACCGGGGCGGUGGCCUUGCAGCUCAAACACAAGUCAGUAAUCAAGGCGAAGUUUGGAUGAAUCAUCAGCCCGGUAGCUUCCCCGUUCCGCACCAGCCUGCGGAGGAUGUGCUAGCAGGUUGUGGACCGCCGCGGGUGGCUGUUGACAGUGAAAUGCUAGACUCGCAUUCGUAUGUUAAUCCGACAGUGGCAACGGGGGGGCUCCAGGGUCGUUUCGAGAAUCAAAGUCAAGAAGGUCUAGCGGAGAGUCAACUACUGAGUUCGCUGCCGCCGCACAGUGCCUUGCUCACGCGGCCGUUGCAGGGCGUACUCCAAAGCGUUCAUCCAUAUGCCAUCGCCCCAGACUAUCCGUGGGAAGAGGGACAGCAACUGUGGCAGCAACAACAAGCUCAAUUGCAUCGGGCCGCAUUGCUCGAGCUCCAGGCCAGCAUGGCAGGCAACCCACGGGGAGCUAGAGUCUCCAGGCUGUACGAUGACAGUCAAGGCCAUCCGGCCGAGCAGGCCGCCCAGCGUCUCACUCGCGACCCUUGCGGCUACACUCGGCCUCCUAUGAACGGUGAGAAUCAGCACUUACUUGCAGGAGAGCUGGGCCGCCCGCAGCUUGGUGGGGGAAGCCCCGGCGACAGGCAAGGACGGGACGGACUGGGAGCAUGGGGGAGGGGGCCACGCAACAGAGGGCCGGCUGGUUCAGACACACUUGCCACUGUGAGUGCGAGCCCGCAGCGCAGGGGCGUGGCCGUGUCUAUACUGCUGACGGUCAGCGCCGUGGGUGUGCGUAUCCACCAUAUCGAGGACCAAAAACUGGAGAAGAGGUCUCAGUUUCAGCUGGUGGAGUACACUCGAGACGAUGAAACGGUGCCAGCCAAAAACGGUUUGGCCAGUAUAUGUGGGGACACCCAGCUUCGUCCGCCACAAGAUCAUGGGUCUUCCACUCGCGGACAUUCCAAUGGCAGUUCAGGGGCAACACGCCGCUGGGAGGUAGUAUUGCGCGAUGCCGCCCAUGGGGAUAGGCCUUUUGGGUCUCGCCAGACCGCGGCAGUGUCUGGCAAAUGCGCUCGUCAGUGGCAGUCACCAGGGAACUCGAGUCAUGGUGCAAAGCUUAGGCUGCGUGAGACUCGCGGACGGCGACAGCGCCCCAUCCAGGAACCUCUCGAUGAAACGGUGCGGACGCCCAGGGUCCAACAAGCUGGAGGGGCAAGGGACACGUAUGGAGAUUCAAAUUGGGUCUUCCACAAAAAGCCGUCGCCCGCUGGAAACCGACAAUCUCUACCGCGUCGCGGCGUCCCUGCGUGGGCUAGGGCUGUCGAUAUCAUGCUGUACGACUCAGCAAUUAGGUGGGAGUUGGUUGGUCAUUUGGGUGGUGGACAAACUGAUGAGGGAGCCAGCGACAGCUCGCGUACUGGAGAGCAAACGAAUGACGGGAUUUCUCGUAGAGUCCCCGGCCGGUUUCGGCAGGGUGAGGUCAACGCCCUACACUGGAGGCCUGAUCCUGCUUCAGCGGUGGAUUACCACAGGUCGGAGCAUAGCGUGGGCGCGGCCAAUAGUCUCAGCGGCAACCGACAGGUCGUCUGGGAAUUAACGGUUGCCAAUGCAUAUCUCGGCCCUGCGGAGCCUACGUGGAGGAACCGGCUGCCGGUUGACGCUGCGUUCUUCGGGCUCCUUCCGCCACCUUACUCCAUGUAUCUGCUGCACCAAGUAAACCGCGAAGCCGUCUCGGAGUUUGCGCCGGAGUCUCCUGCUCGGCAGUGGUAUUCUCUUGCAGACUCCAGAUGGUACACCAGAGUCGUAAGCGAUGCAGCAGACAGAGAAGCUGGAGGCGAGCAACGCCGGUGUCGCCACACUCGUGUGCAUGCGCAUCUCAGCACGGAUGUUGGGGACGCUGCCUCCUUGACUCUGGCAGUUCCGAAACGACUGGCGCCAAAGAUCCGCCCUGCGAGCCCUUCGCAGAGCACCGGCGAGCUUAGCCGGCAUGCAAGCCAGUCAAGUGAGACGCCGAAUUAUACCACCCGGCAGGAGGCGCGUCUCCUGCGCCAUGCCUCGUAUAGCAGGGAACUGAGGAGUCGGCUACUCUCAAAUAUACACGAUGCUCAUCCGAGGGGUCUCACAGCCUUCGAGUUGAGACAUGAGAGAUCAACAUCUGUGAAUCCGAGCUUGGGAACGUCUUCCAGUCUACACCGCGAGACAAGCCAAGCUCCUAGCGGAACCAGUGCAGGCCGAACGCCAGCCGCCGCGCGACGCUCGAUUGACUCAACCUUGUCAGAUAACGGCUCGCCCGCUGCUUCAAUUGAAGGCCGGCGGAGCGGUUGGCGCAGUUUGGCGUCGGUUCGUCGUUCGACAGCGCAUGGAGAGACCGAUGGAGAUGGCGUUUCGUCUCGGGGCACUACUUCCAUUCCAUCUUCGCCGACUCAAAACUCAGACGGGGACUCAGAUUUCAACGAAGGAGAUUCGGAUUCUUCCAGGGCCACACCACACCCCGGAGAGCCGCUGGCGCAGUGCUCUGAACAAGGGGAGUUGCCGCUUUGUCUGCCAAGCCCGUUGUUACAGUGCGCCUGUUCGCCGGCGUCGUUUGCCUGUGAUGUUACUAUGCCAACUGUAGUUAUUUCCCCCGCCUUACUGCGUCUGUUGGUCAGCCUCUCUGGCGUUUUUGACAAGGGAAGACAGACGAGCGCUGAAAUGAAGGUCAGCCAGCAGCGUGGCUGUAGCGCGCGCCGGCGCUUCGGAGACUGUUCAGCGCUCGGAACCUCUUUGUCACAACAAGAACGCUCGCUUGAUCGCAGCGGCUCUACGAUGCUGGUCGGCCUCGAUCCCGCGCACCUCUUGCCCCUGGAGCUUCCCCUUUCCAUUCCAGUCUACCCUCCACCUUCGUCGUCGCCGAGUCUCACCGUUUGCCUAGUCGCCUCUGAAGAUGCCGCGGAGAAAGCGAAACUGGAGGCGGCCGCCGCAGUUGCCUUAACACCUCCGGAAGCUGGAGGGGCGAAUGAGACGGCUGCCGGCGGAGCCUAUCAAGCGGUUGUGAAUGCUAUCGACCAAUCACAAGGCAAUGCUGUAUCUGACGUAACCGGCGGGAGGCACUCGUCUCGGCGCACCUGCGGGCGAGAAGGGGAGACCCCGAACGACGACGUCUCUAGGCUAGCGACGUUUGAGGAGCCCUGGCACAACCGCGGUGUUGCGAAUCACCCGCUGACUGCCAAUGCCGACACAAGUGGAGGCGCGAGAACGCUGCCCUCUAUGUUCAGGACAGGAGCGGUGAGGCGGGAAGGGCACUUCUCUUUUGAUCGACUGAAGCAAACAGCAACUGCGGCGGCUGCCAAAGCGUCCACGAUUGCUGAUGCAGCGGCAAUCAGUGCAGCAGCCGCCAUAACACGGGCUGCCACAACCGCGAACGCAGCGCUUCUUCGCUUGAACACUGCAGCUCGAACUCGGCGCUCUGCUUUGAGGCAGAAAAAGCCUGAUAAGAGGGGAAAUGAGCUGCUAACGUUGAAACACCUUUACCUCCAGCAUCGGCGGUGGAUGGGUCAGCAAGGUGUGAGCAAUCGCCGCACUAUUCGAAUACAGCUGACCAAUCUACUGGUUCUGCUCCCUGCGGCGUCAGUUGGUAUGCCGAAGGCUAUUCAGCGUGCCCGCCGCAAGGAGGAUAUUGUUGUAGGAGCCUGGGAAGCUAUCGUCGGAGAACCCUCAGUGGAGAGUGAAGCAGGCCUGCACAGCGCGAUGGAGUCAAACGACAUUCCUCGCAGGAACGCAGGAGAUUCAUGCCUGCAACCUUCACUGCUGUCCCAGAAAGCAGCUACUCUCGCGGCGUCUCCUUUUUUUCCGCUCAUGGCGCCCCCCUCAGCGCGUGCGCCUUCAGUGCUAAUUUCAAGUCAAGCCGUAACAUUUGUCGCAACCCCGGAGACUCCAUCCUCUCCGGACGUGAAAGCGGCCACGGUUGAGGGACUCCAAGUGGUCGUGGCGCCGCAGCUUCAGCAGUUGCUACAGGUUUUCAGCGCUCAAACACCGCUCCCUGACAUGCAUAGCGACGGCUUCCCGGACAGCCGUGGCGGGGAGCGUUCUUUGGCUGUUGACGUCUCUGGUGGAGGAGGCGACCCACUGCACAGUCACCAACCCGAUUCGGCUCAACAUGUGAGAGACACGACCCAUCUGCGAGGACUAUCGGCAACCAGGAAGCGGGCAAGCUCUCACGGCAGCCCACGUGACGCGCGGGUAUUAGAUCGGCUUCGCGUUGAUCCUCCAGGAGUUGGCAAAGCCAGACGUUUCUCCCCGACGCGCGUAAAACGCAUGCGAGGACGUGGCUUAUGCUAUCUUCUGGCCUCGUGCCCUGGUGCAGCAUUUGAAAUGACUAGCAGACCCCCGAACACCCCGUUCACCAGGGCAGACGCGAUCGACAGGGAGCUGACUGUCAGAGUAGGAGCGGAUGCGGACGCCGCCCUUCCGGCGAGGCAGCGGCCACGAGGGGGACAGCGCCUCGAGACUGAACGCAGCGAAGGAGCAUCCCCAGCAUCGCUGUUGCUCAGUGCCCGAGCGCGUUCCCCCAUGACGUCGCGGACGUUCUUUCUCUUGCCAAUGCCUCCCGUCCCUUUCUGCUGCGUCGAGGCCCGAAGUGUCCAUCUUCUUCUUAGAGUGCUUGCCACAUGGGACGGGGCACUCCGCUUGUCCAGGCACGUGUCUAACCUCGUCUUCGUGCCCUUUUACAUCAGUCCGGCGCCUGCCCCAUUACCGGCUUCGAUUCGCCUCCCGACGAGCACUACAGCCACACCCGUCCUUACUCAGUCAGCUUCCAGCCCACUACUUACAUCCGCGUUGACAUCUACACCCUUGUCACAGGCUUCAUUCUUCGCGGGGGACCCUGUGCUGCCUGCUGGAAGUACAGAACGCCAUUCCCCCCUCGUAGGCGCGGCAACGGCACCUGCGUCCCCCAACCGCAGUCGAGCACCUCCAUCACCAUUGGCCGCAGCCGCACCCCCCAAGGCGUCGUCAACUCGUGUUCCUUGCACCACCGCUGCUGCAGCUUCGAGUGCGGUGCCUCAAGCAGGGGACCCUGUAGAAAGAGAUCUGCGCUGGAGUGGCGGAAUGUGGGUGUCUCUUCGCCACAAUAUCGCCGGUCAGUUUGUCGAUAUCUCCUCGUGGAGCCACUGCUGCGCCUCUGGCUGGUACGUGUUUCGCGGAUGCGAGGCAGGCGCAGUGUGCUGCCGACCAGAUGAAGGAGCCAAGUGUUCCGGGGGCUGGGAAGUCCCCUUCUCUAGCGGAGCACUUCGCGUCUCCGACCUGCCGGGGGGGGGCUCUGGCGAGGGGCUUGCUCCCCCGCGGGGAGGAACGGCGGAAACGGCAGGCCUGCCGGGAGGGGUGGCUGUGCGCCUGCUGCCCACCCCAAGCAGCAGUGUGGUCGCCACGUCGCCCGCUCCGCACCCCCGAAGAGACAAGUCUGCGGGCACUGGGGCAGGUGUCCGCCGAGGGGUCUUCUGGUGUGAGUGGCGACGCCAGCCGCGUCGCAGUCGUGACGGCGCAGCCGCAGCGUGUCACACGGAUCGCCCGCCAGCCGGGCCGCCGUGCUGCACGUUUCGGCCUGUCCUGUGCCCGGUGUCUGUGUGGAUUUAUCGUCAUCCGGACGACGCGAUUCCGUUGGCUGUGGUUCUCCCUCUGGGCGUGCGAGUAGAUCGGAGCUGGUCAACUCGUCCUUCUCCUCCUUCUCCUGCAGCUGGUGGAGAAACCAGCGGAGGGCCGUCUGCCGAUAGACUGCCGUCGCGCAGACGCUUGUCGCUGCUCGUGGGCGGGCCGGCGCCGGCUUGUUUCUGGCUGCCACCAGAUGGAAAAGCGAGGCACCGUGCGGGGAAGAAUGUGGCAUUCGGCACCUGUGCAGGGGGCACCCCGCACAAAGCCUGGAACUGCACGUCGAGUUGCGGCUCCCCUAACUCAACAGGCGACUCUGGAAUUGGCGCGUCGCUGCCGGGCAUCGAGGCUGGGGCUGUGGGAGGCAGCCACUGUGCAGCCCGCUUGUGCCGCGACCGGGAAGGAUCGCUGGUUGGCGGAGACAUGGAUCGAGGCGCGGAAGGACCGAGCCCGCGUGCGCUGCGACACUGCCGCGACAGCGCGGAGCCUUCACUGACGCGUCCAGAACCUGCAGAUGUCGGCACUUGUCUCGAUACAUCAUUAGGGACUGCGCGCUACACCUGUUCAUCGGAGCCAGGUGGUGCAGUCUGGACGUGGGAAUUUGAUGUCCCAGAUGAUCAGGAGUGGCGUCUAAUUACCGCCAGAUGCUGUGCCCGUAGCUGCUCAGGACCGCGGCACUGUUACAGCAGGUGCACUGGUUGUUGUUUGAAAGUAACAAAUGUACCAGCGGUUUCGAGAAUGACCUCAGUCCUAAGUGACUGUAGCGCGCCAUCGUUCCCUUUAUCGGACCAACACCACAAACGUCUGGGGACAUCCCGCCUUUCGCGAACUGCAGAAGGACGUGGUGAACUUCUGCCGUCUCUCUCUACGGGGGUCUCGCGCGACUUUCCUCGCCGUCGCCUUUCAGCAGCCUUGUCUGCCGCUGGCGCGACGGAGCGCCGCCUGUGUUCACCUCGUGUUGUCGACUUGUUGCAUGAUGAGGCCCCGAAGCACUUGCCAUCGUCGCGAGGUUUGUCGUUGAGACAACCUGACAUGUACAAAAGUCGUCCGCGCCUCUGUAGCCGUGGGCUCCACUCACUUGUCAGAGAUAAGUGCAUGUUACUGCUCCCUGGCGGCUGUGACUCGGGAUAUAUGGGAUCAUAUGACGCGCAUGGGUCGCGGCUUUCGAGCGAUGGAGACAAUCCGAGGAAAAGCUCCGUUGGCGCACCAGCCCCGCCCACAGCGACACACGAAAAAGGACAUGCAGGUCUUGGCGCGCAGAAAGCAAUCGGACGCCUGACUCCGGGGAUGGAGUCCCUUUUGCGGGGGGCGAGUGCCAAGGUGCUAAUUGAUCGCUUCGCUUUGCAGCUUUUGCCACCAUCAGCCCCACUUACAGCUUUGGCAAAUGUUCGUGUACAAGUCCAGGCGGACAACUUCGACUCCAACGAAGAACGUGACAAUUUUCCGUGGACCUUAUCCGGAUUCGCAGUGGGGAAAUCACGGGGGUGCGGACCCAGUGGAGAUGUGGCAUUCUUUGGACGCCAGUUUUUCAUGAGUUUACAUCAGCAGCGUCAACAGUGGCAUCAUCAGCAACUGCAGCGUGGAUCUCUUGUGCUAUCGUUCAUCGGGAUUGCUGCUAGCGCUGCUGUAUCACCCUUAUUGUCCCCUCCCGCGUCGUUCGAUUUCCUUCUUCGCAACCUGGUCGCGGAAAACGCUCACGUUAUUCCUCAGAGCCGCCGGCGAAUUGUGCUGCAGCAGUCUCUCAAGCCACUGUCGAAGCCGACUCAGUCGUCUUUCUUCGCUCCAGGCAAAGGACCGCUCGAAACGGAGCGCUUUCCCAAGAGACGCGUUGAGAAUUUUUUUGUGCGGGGAGCAGUUCACUCGAACCAAAUUCAGUUGGCGCUAUCGAAGGUCGACAUAUUUCUCACCCCGCAAACAAUGCAGGAGGUCUGCGGAGCGCUUGCACCGCUGGUCGGUGCUGCAGCGGCGGCUGUUGCGUUCGGAAGUCUACAGGAAGCUGUUUUGCCGGCACCGCCUCCAAGUGCAAACUCUCGUUCCCCGUCAAGGCGCCGACCUGCCGACCACAAAGAAAGUACUGAGAUACAUUUGGGGUCUGAAGAUGUAACAGGUCAGAAUCGGAACGACGAUGGAGAUGGAAGCCACACGCAGCAGUGGUCUCUCGAGGUGCUGUCCAAGGGCAUGGUUAUUUGCUUGCUACAGUGCUACACAAGUGGUCCGUUCGCGUUCGCCCCGUAUCACCUUGUCACAUUGCGGCAGGAUGGGCAGUCCUUCUUCCUCGCACUCCAGAGCUGUCAAAUCUGUUCUGCUUGCGUCUGUGCAGACAGUAGCCUUUGCGUUGUCGAUGUUGGCGACUGUGCCUAUUCGAGCUCCACAAGCCACCGCUUCCACCUUGCGUCGUUGAACAUUGUCAGCGGAGGCCUGGGACUGCCAAUCGUUGUCGCCGAGGGCCAGCGAAACCUGGAGGCCUCCGCCAAAAGGCAGCAAAAACCCGGAGGAGGCGGCCGGCCGCAACCGAAUGCGAACAAAGCUGGCUCGAACCCGGGAUGGGACCGAGCGCUUCACGGCAAAGCAAGGAAAGCGUGUGUGGCACUUCACUGUUCUCAGUCCAACAGCGGCAUACGGCGCCGCGCUGGGCUUGUCGCCUCAUCACAAAUGUUGGGGAGCUCCGCACGCUCUUUCCAACGUUCAGAGAAGUCACAGACACAGUCUGUGAGCAUGCGAGGUAGCGAUGUAGAUGACGUCUGCACAGACGAAGCGGAAAGGCCGGUUCGCAGGACGACUGCGGUGGUCAGGGCGUUUCCCUGGCUGGAAGUGAUCUACAGCCCUCAAGCGGAGCGCACGGAGGCAGUUCAAGAACGACUGUACAAGCAAGGAUAUCUGGCCUCUGCUUGCGCGUCCGUAUCACUCUGCAUAAGAGAGAGUAGCUGCUUCGUGCGCAUCCCUGAGCUCGUUCUCCUCUCUCAGUUUGUGGCGGACUGUCGCAUGGCUGUCCAGGAACUCCUCGAGCGUUUGCGCCGUCUCAGUCGACACCACCAGCUGCAGCUUCAACAGCUCCAGCUGGCCCGGCUGAAGUCGCUCCGCGAGAUGAGGCGCGUGGAUUUACAGCAACAACGAGCAGUUCUUUCACAACGUUAUUCUGUGAAUCGGCGGUCUUCUGUGUUGAAGAACGGUGCUCCUUUGAAUGGCGUUGGUCACGCCGUGAAGGGAGGAGAAGCGGCGCCCGCCGCUAUGGCGCAUGCAGGCCUACUGCCCGACACGCUUACAGGUGGCAACUCCAAUCUGCGGCAUUCUCCCCGCUUUCGGGAGACAGCGGAUGUGUCGCUCGACGACGUAACACAAGACACCAUCGGCAAGUCCCUCGCGGUUUUGCCGCCUUUGCUGCUUCUGCGCGUCAGGGUCUCAUUCCCCACCCUGUUUCUUUCCGCAGAUAAGCCUGAGAGGCCUCCACCUGUAAUCGUGAACUGUGGGUUUCUCCAGGUUUCUACCCAUCUCCAUGCACGAGCGACCCUGCCGCCGUCUCCGUUCGACCUCCGCCCAGUUGUAGCGGAAGUGUCGAGGAAAGUGUUGAAGGACUCAAAAAUUCCACUUUCCGACUCCCCUGGGGCCGCCAUUCAGGCGAACUGUGCGCGAGAGACAGCGUAUGAGGAGUGGAACCUACCGGUUUCGAGCUGCUUCUCAGUUCCUGCAUGCGAAUUUCAGAUUACGUAUGAAAAGGCACAAAUUUUCCUCCACAGCGCAACAGGUACCUGUUCCGACGUGUGCGCCGGCGGAAAGACCGGCACGGAGGCAGAGCCCCGGACAGACAGGGUCUCCAUAAGUGAAUGCUUCACGCUGAACGCUGAGGUGUGGAAGACACUUCGACCAGGAGGUUCGGUCUCCGGUGCGGCAAGCCUUCAUCUAACGGGCCUGUCACCCGGGCGAGAAGCGAACGAGCUGGUACCGCGGCGCGCCUCUAGGACACCUGGGGACGCAGGCCUCGUGGCUGCCCUCGUGUUGACAGGUUCCUCAAGUCCUCGCCAGAAAGAAACCGAUUAUGCACCAAGCGAUGCUGUACCGCGCCAGCGCACGCACCUCGUGCUGCGAUCUCAGAAGUGUGAUAUGUGCGUGUGUGUGAGUUGCUCGUAUGUUCACGUGCGGGUUGCUCCACAGCUUGUGGCUGCCCUGCAUUUGAAUGCCCAGAUGGACGUCGGCUGUGCGCCGCAGCUGCCACUUCUCCCCGCCGUCGUAGCCGGGGAGGACAGCGAGACUGGGGGAGGCGAGACAGCAGACGAUUUUCGUGUUGGCGCUCUUCGACGGCAGUGCAGACGUGGAGGCAGGCGCCGCCCUCGGGUGCCUGCGCAAGAGAGGAAGCCAGCGCAGGGGCAGCCCAAAAAGGACGACUUUGCGGAUGUUUCCGGUGGCAUGGCGCAAGUGAAGAGGAAUAAUACGUCUGCGGCAAACCUCCACGCAGGAGCCGCGCGGACUGGGUCACUCGGUGCACACCUGUCCUCGGCUUGCCCAGCAGCAGGAAGCAUUGGAGCGGUAACCGGUGGGUCGAAAGACGAUGGCAGCGGAGAGGGCAGCGAUUUGAAAGACUUCCCCACUUCCGACAAUGGAGAGGAUAUUCAAGUUGAGGGGGAGAUUACUCAGGACGAGCGAGCAUCUGGUGAAGAGGAUGAACACACCGUCGAGGAUGAGGACGAGGACCGAGAGGAGGACGAUGGGGGGCAAUAUGAAAGCGAUGACGACAUGGAGGAGUUGUCCUUGGCGGACAGCAGCAGCGAUGAAGCCAAUAUUGGCGCCGAGGAGCAGUUACUCGCGCUGGUUAGCCACGAAUCGGCUGCGGAUGACGACACCGUGGCAGACAAUUUGGAAAACCAACUUCGGAAGCACUUGACUCUCAGCUGGCAUUUUCCGGCCCGACGGCUCUCGCUGCUAUUCGCCGCCAAGCUCGAGGGGCUGACCGUCUCCAUCUGCGACGCUCAGGCAAAGGUGACACUUGUUCAGGUUAACACGAGGAAUGUCCGUAUGUGGGACAUUGGAACACUGAACAUGCGCGUGGUCACCAUCGAAUCUAUAUCGAUCACCGAAUCUAUUAGCAGCAGCGACCGGAGCCCUUCGGCAGUGCUGUCUUUUUCAAGGGACCGCAGCGGCCCCACAUGCUCCGCUGUCGGAUCGGUAGCGCCUGCGACCGAUAUGGAGGUCACCGGUGCCCGCCGCGGGCUACAGCAGCAACCGAGUUCCCAGGAAUUAGGACCAAACACCGACAUAUCCACUGAGACAGAAAACGCUUCAGAAAUCUGCAUUUGCCGCUUUCCUCUUGUCUUCGUUCCCUCCCUAGCCGCGACUGUCUUGCGCACCGCAGAGGACCGGGAACGAGAUCUCAAAGAAUCGUCCGCGGGUUUGCUGUGUUCUAGUAAGGGUCUCUCCCAGGUGCCGAGGCCAAGCGUGCGCCGUGUGCCUGACACAGCGGGACAAGUAAAGACGGCGUCUGGGGGGCCAGGUGGUUCAUCCGAUAACUCCUUCCGGGAUGCGAGUGUCGGGGACUUGUCGCCCGACCAAGAAGCGACAGAAGCUGCCGCCCCUUUCUUGCCUACAGCCGCGUGCUUACUGGUGGGAAAUCCAUCUAUAGUUGUCGCACCGGCUCUCAUCAGCGCGCUGCAUUUUUGCUUGACGUUUCCCAUUCACACUUUUGUAACGGAUCGGGAGCACAGCAGCGGAGGCACGCGUGCCCCCGGAUGUUCUUCAGCGGCUCCGACGCGGUCACUACCUUUCCAGUCACUACCCUGCUCUGCUGCGGAUGUGGCUGAUGGCGGUAUGUCAAGCAGGAGCCGCCUUGAUAUCUUUCCAACUGUCCCUCACAGCACUACAGGCAUGCGAGGACGUGUUGGCAUCCCCCCACCCCACAGCGUCAUGUCGGAAGGUGAAUCACUCGUUGGCUCCGUGAGAGGCGCAGCGAUCCGCAGACCAGCUCAGCAACAUGACGGGGGGGCCAAGAUGCACAUGGGGACGCGAGACCUGGAGGGUCUGAAUGCUAGGCUUCAGGGCGACGAUGUUUUUGUUCUCCGCGGCGCACGUGAACCACACCUUCGACGCAGUACAUAUGACUCUUCAGGACGCAGCGCCUUCGGUACAGGGCCGGUCGGUCCUGCUGCCGUUUCCCGCUUUUUGGGCGGCGCCGGUGCAGCACGACGAUCUACCAUUUUUCCUGGGCGUUUAGAUUAUGCCCGUGCGCCGGCCUCUGAGACACCAUAUGUCGCUCACAACGACAUGCAGCUUGAUCUGCGUCAUCAGGUCGGCGUGCACCCAACCGGCGGGUCGCAGACCACGCUGCCUUCUAUGACGAACGCAGGGCUGGAUGCUCCUAGGGGCCGCGUAUCAGAAACAAGGUUUCCCUCCAAACAAAAUGGGUCCGGGCUCGGGCACCGAGGAUCCGUAUUUGAAGGAGCGGGCCAGAUUCCGCGUGCAGGAGACAUCGGGGCGCCUGGCCCGCGCAGUCCAGGGGUUUGCGCCACUGGGCUACCAGUUUCCGUCGGAGGUGUCACAGACCCGGACCGUUUCCACACUGAGCACCAGCACUCAGCGUGGUCAGCAACAAGAGCUUCGCCUAUUGAAGCGCUUGCUGGUGGCGUGUCAGAAGCUAAUACAAGGCGAUCGUCAUACUGCGAUCUCCCGAAUGAUAUCCGUGGCUCUUUGGGAGGAGGAAGAAGUAGCUCUGGCCAUGCGACUCGUAAGGCAUCUAACAGAGUGGCGUACAGUGAAAUAAUGGCUGGGCAGGGUGUUGCUACUACGCGGUUUGUAAAUACAGGUGCAGUGGCUGAGAGAGAGACGGCGCUUCCUGCAGCCGGUGCAAGCGCUACAAGCUACGACGCAUCACUUUUCCUACAUCCGUGUCUCGCGGCUGUUCAACAGAUAAACAUUCUUGCGUCCUGGCUAGCGGGGGAGUUCCGGCGUCAGCAGCAUCAGGCGCUCGAGUCUGCGGCAGCGCGUGUGACGGCCGCGAGGCGCUCUCGCAGGAAGAUGCAGAAGCUACACCGAGGGCGUCGCGCGGACGACGGUGCUGAAAUGCGUCACCUGCCUCAUUAUGUGCAUUCUGCCGGUCCUGACGCGCUGCCCUCGGGACGCCACCUGCCUCCCCAUGCCUGCGGACUCUACGGAGAGCACGACGUCCUCAGCUAUGACCCGUCAACGGCAGUACGAGGCAAUCCAGGGCAUGAACUGCCCCUGCUGGGUACACCGUAUUUCGAGUCUCCUCCCGAGCAUUUCCAGGCAAUACCACCGUUAGCUGAUCCACCACCUGGAGGAUAUAGCGGUGAGAUGGAACGAUGCAUUUCGCAUCACGCUGUCAUUUCAGACGGCAGCAACGAGGACCCAGGCGUUCGUCUCUCAUCUGAACAGCACAGGCUGCGGAGGGGGAGAGCAUCCGCUCAGCAAGAACAAAACUACGCAUAUCUUGUGAGCCUUUUGCGGCGGCUUGGCCUCGGCUUCGUUGCCGCUUCAGACUCCGAGCCGACAGGUGAGGCUCGUCAGCGGGCAGAAGUCACAGUCUCCGCUGAAUACGUGCACUUCGCAGUGGGAGAAUUACGCGUGGAACUUGCUGCCAGGCCUGCCUCUUUUAUACUGCUGACUUCGGUCGAGGCCACACGCAGAUCACACGUCCUCCACUUCGGACUCACAGCUACCGACAGGCGCCGUCAGUCGGGAUACCAAAGCGACAUGUACAAACGAGCCGCGCACGGAGCGGCAGCGGACACCGACAUAAGCAACCCGGCGCUGCCCCUGGUGACGGCCGAUUUAAGCGGUUGGCCUGACUACCGUGUCGGAAUUAUGAAGGACAUGGAAGGUCCUUGGGACGACAGGGGGCCAUACAACGCAUUGCUGGCGGGUGAACCAACUGUAUCUCAUUUGAGCCGUGGUGUGGCGGACACCGGGAAUCGUGCAGACAAAGUCGGCUCACGAUACUUUUGCGCUAGCGGACGGAUGAGCGGCACUGCGUUACCAUCCGGGGGCACUCGCUGGAGUAAUCUGCUCGGCGGGGACGAGGAGGGAACAGAUGAUGCAAGAUCAUGUGGGAGCGUCGGCGACGAGGACGACGGUACGGACGUCGAUCACCCACGUGAAGAGGAGUGGGGUCCGGACAGAGACAAGGUCGGAGAAGGGGCAGUCGAAAUGCGGGCACUGGUGUACAGCAGCGACUCGAUAUCGUGCGUCCUGUCUAACUGCUCUAUUACCGUGCAUAGUGAUUCGCCUUCCUCGUUUGCACGCGAGUGUCGACGCUCCCCUUCAAACCCGUUCUCGGCUGCGCCCUCCACUCUAUCAAGUACCAAUUUGUUCGCGUCCGCCUCCCCCAGUGUGUCGGCCCCUGUUGCGGAUCCAGUGAAAGGUCCGCGGACGUCCUCACACAGUAUUCUGCCUUCGCUGCAAGCCAAGUUCACCUACCAUUUCUCGUCCCCUCCUUUCCAGUUCAUUUCGAACUGCGUCUGGAAUUACUGUCGGAGCCGUCGUAAUCCGUUCGUCACGGAAGGAGAAUCAAUGCCAUCCUCUCAGUCAGGCGAGGCUCCGUCAGUGCUAGCGCUCGAGACCCUCCGACAUGGUGGGGCUGCGUGUCAGCGUCAAGCUAGACCCGAACCGCUUCUUUGCCGCGAUGCUGUAGACGGUGCGGCUUCGCCUCUCAUUGGCAGCAGGGGAAGGGAGUUCCCAUUUCGUGGCCUGGCGUCAGCCGAGACGUGGCAGAACACGGGACGCUGUGCCCGUGAUGUUACGUUGCGCCACGUACAACCAACGGCAAAGGCGACGAUAGAGGAUACAGAACAACCGACGAGGCGAGGGCGCACUGUCGAAGACACCACCAGCGACGCCACUGCUCAUACAUCGCGGCCCCAGGAAGGCUCUACAUGGAUCCCGCAUUUUCCCCGAUUUCUCCUCCUUCCGGCAACGAUGGUGUUGAAUCCGAAGAUUCUCGCUGAUGCAGCUGCCUCACUCCGUCUUCCGCCUUCUCCGGAGGAUCAAAUCUCCGCAGUGAGCAAUGAUCAAGCUUCUCCAGCGCAGCGUAAUCCGGACGCACUAACUCAAGAGAAGCGCGAGCUGUCGAACAGCUUGCAGCGUGCUUUUGUGGAUUCUGCGUUGCAGAGAGAGACACUGGGCGUCAGAUCAAGGCACGUGGCUUUGUCUCCUAUGUCACCGCCGCACCGCAGUGUGGUUCUUUCGAUUUCUCCCAUUGAGCUUCGGAUUCGGACAUGGGACGUUGAACGCCUUCAGCGAGCAGUAUCAUUAAUGUUCACCGACAAGGAGACACAGCGACUGCUUGUACUGGCAGCUGUUGAGCAAGCCAGGCAGGCGAGGCAGGAAAUGACUGAGCGUAUGUGGCGACCGCCCGCGUCUCUGCCUUCCCUAGAUCCCCCAGAACCGAUGCGAGAGGAGCACGGCUCCGGGAUAAUUACAAGCCGAGCAUCUGACACGCUAGCAUCAGAGGUUGUGUCAAAGCGCAUGCAGAUGUCAUCAUUGUGGAGUAUGAGGUCUGAAUCAAUGAGCACCAUGGGGAUGAGGAGAGGAGCCUAUGGCACUAAAGAAGGCUCGGUGUGCGGCAGCACAGCCUGCCCUCGCAGCCAAUUCUUUUGGAGUAUCCGUGAGAACGAGACGUUCUCUACAGCGCCGUUGUCCGUCUGUGGAGCUAGCAGGGGAGAAUACUUGGCGAAUGACAAACUGCUGCGUCCGCUUGUUCAGCCGGAAGGAUACCCAAAUAUCAUGGCAUGGGAUGGGACUUGGAAAGCAGGAAAUCUGGAUCUUUAUUCAUCAGACGUGUCGGUCAGGUGGCCAUUUAAGAAGAAUUCCCCUGGUGCACCACGCGACGUGGCUCCCCCCAGCAUGUUCGAGGCGCCUGUCCUAGGCCUGCUCAGUUUCGCCAGCGCGUCAACACAGCUUCUGCUUAGCCUUCCCCACUUCUCAUGCGUGCUCCUGAACGACUUGUUCGAGGAGAGUCCUGAGCCUGCCCCCGUUCAGCAAGCGUCUUCAGAAGCGGCAAGAGCGGAUUUCCACACCAGGUGCCAGCCGGUGGCGCGAGCAGCUUCAAGACCCUCCAAGGAUUAUGCGCAGUCUGAUUAUUCUUUACGGUGGCUGAGGAAUCGCGGACUGGAAUAUGCAAGGGAUAGGUCAGUGAGCCCCAGGUUCCCCCCCCACGAUCGAAACUCGUACAAAACCCAUCCUCUCUUGCGGAUCACCAUAAAAAACCUGCAAGCGGCAGGUACUAAUACUGUACUCGCAUACGAUACUCAUGUAGCUUCCGUGCUCCCGGGCAAGAUGAUCAUUGACGUGGCGACAGAACACUCUGAAGGUGCGUGCGAGCUCUUGAAGCGACACGGUACGGCGGCCGAGGCGGUCACUGAAGACAGCAGUUCUAAUAAAGACGUUUGUGAGAGUGAAGUACAAGGCCUAAGGGGGGCACGGUGUCUGCUGUCGCUGCUCCAGCGUCAGCUGAUUCAACAAGAGGAAGCGGGGGGACUCCGUGACAGUGGCGCUGGACUGAUGAGGCAAGCACUACUGUCAGAGAAUCUACUAUUUAAUGGAGAGGCCGGUCUCAAAAUUGAGGCCUAUGUUAUGGCCAGAAAGUCUCCCGUGCGGUGCUCGCGAGUUGUCGAGGCGUGCGUUCCAGCGCAAGCCCGCACACGAGCAACUAACACGGCGAAGGGUAUUCCUCUUGCCGUGGCGAGCGAAACCGCCGAUAAAGAGUGUGAGAACGACAAUCGAGAAGGGGGAGUUUGUGAAAAGCGUGCCCUACCACUAGAGGAACUUGCCGAAAAUGGUGUCGCGGUGGACUGCCACAUGGCCGCUUGCAACUCAAGCCAGCGCUACGUAGAUCGCUCGCCAGGUUGUGCUGGGGUGCAGCAUUCUACUUCGAGCGGCAGAGCCAGUGUAUGUGGCACCGGAGGAGACGCGGCGCGAGCCGUCAAGCGGUCACAGGAGGGGACACACCGCCGGGAGACUUGGGGAUCCACCCUCGGCGACAAAGAUGUCAACGAAGCGGGUACCCAGCUAGGAUGUACGAAGGCAGGCGUAUCAUCCCGGCGAUCGGCUCCCAGCAGUCGUAGGAACGGGCGCAGCCGUGCGUCUUCGUCCGACCAUUUCCGGCGAGAUGAGAAUGAGCUGGAUCCGCCUGUCUCUGACCGGGUGGCAAGCGAACUCUGCGUUCGAGUUGACGAGGUGUGGGAGCCGAUUGUCGACACAGUCAUUGGUUCUCUGAGAGCAUCACUCAGCGAUAAUAUGGCCGACAUCAACUUCGCAAUCGUGGAAAGGCCGGCGAUAUCGAAAGCUCAAGGUGUGCCGGAUCUGAGUCGCCUGUCGCAUUCUUCAACGAGCUCGAGUCCCUUAGUGGUGCCAAGCGAAUACUCGAAAGCUGGUGGGCAGACGAGAGGCAGGCGCGGAGCACGGCCCAGCUCGGGACUGAAUCCCAUCCUGAGCCGGGCGGGGCCUGAUACGUCACAUGCCGCACUCCGCAGUCACCGUCGUGAAGAGGGUCUGACGCAGCUCUCCCGAGACUGUGGAAAGGGUACAGACCGCAGUAAACAAGCUGUGAUAAGGGUUGCGCUCGCUUCGUGGCACCUGCACACAUUGAUUCACCUUCUUACGCAUCUCCGAGUCGCGUGGGCGAAGGCGGCAGAACUGAGUACCCAGGAAAGUACAGCAUUCUGGGCCCAUGCAGCUGCCGAGUGGCUACUUCCAGCGCGACUCACCCGAGGAGACCGAGCCUUAGAGCGCAACGAGAACAGGGACUUCAUCGAAAACCGUUCUGGGGUGUCUCCGAACCAGCGGAGUCAUUCCUGUGACAGAGCAUUCACAUUGGCAUCCGAAUAUCAGGGAGACAGGCAUCUCGCAGGCGCCGUUCCGCAUGGCUGUGCUGGGCUCGAGGACGGCCGGCCUGUUUCUACCAUUCAGGCGAGCCAAGAAUAUCAACGUCAGCUUCUUUCCAAACUAAGGGAACGGAACGCAGGUGCUAGGUUCGUCGCCAUGAUGUCCACGCGAGAGCGACCACCGUCAGUACUGCACGCGAACCAGUCAACGCAGUUGUCGAGGACAGAGUCGCGACAUCCUCCCUACGUUAGUCGGAACCAGCAGGGAGGCUCGCAGCUAGAAGAUGACUGCCCGUCUGAAAAGUCCUCUCUGCGUGGUUCACUGAGUCUUGCCAAGCAGGAUGAUGGUUGUACUGGGUUAACAGGCAACGCGAAGGCACCUCGGUCCGACGCAGAGUUACAAGCGGAUCCCACAGUUUCUUCCGAACUGCACGACAAAUCAUGCGUGCCGGAACCUAGUGACACCCUGACUCGGGCGUAUUCCUCACCUCAGCUCGGCGAACCCUUCGGAUUAAAAGGGGAAAAACGACAUUAUGGCGUCGUAACGCCUCUGAUCGGCCGCAACGUGCAGCCACCGAUGUUUGCUGAGGGUGCGGACCAACGAGCCGUCGACGCCCCUCGGAUCCUGCCGUACCAUUAUCUUCCCCGUGUGUUUUUAGACCCUCCUGCGGCACAGACAAACAAGGGGGACGACUGUGGCGCGCCGUCCAUCUUCUCAGGUCCUGCAUCGCAUGAGAACAGCUGUCGUCUUCGCGAUUUCUCUUUGUUUUUCUUCAACGCGUCUGGUCUGCCCCUGCUCCUGGUUGUUGAGCCAUCUCCCGGAUUGUUGGCUGGCGACACCUUCCCGACCAAUCAGAAAUCCUCGAAUUCCACGCGACUGCAAGAUGCAGGAAGUGGAGCGUCGGAGAACAAUGCAGGUGGCAGGGAAACGGCGUAUGCGCGCCUCCUACCUGCAGAUCAUGUGAUGGCUCUAGACGCUUCGUUCUUUUACGAGGAUCCGCAGACACGCUGCGGCCAUCAUUCCUGCGUAGUGCGCUUUGUUGCCGUGGAUCACCUAAUGCCAAGGGCGACCACGGGGGCAGAUGCGGCGAUGGAUCCAUCUCUGUCCCGCCCGAACCGUCGUAGGGCGUCCCGUGCAUCUGCAGUCUCUAGUGGCAACGGCACGACAGAGAACAGCAGUUCCGUAAGGUGCCUGGUGGGUAGGACCAGGCGUGCAGGAAGAACGCAGCCGAAACGUGGUUCGGUGCGGCCUCUUCCUUAUUCCCUAUUGCGCGAUAUUGACGCAUUCCAGACUACCUCCCGAGGCAGUAUAUUUCCAGGCGGGGAAGAGUUUGAAGAUCUAGUCAAAGCGGUCUUGGAGAUACCAGAAAUGUGGAUGGCCGUAGAGCUGCCGUACCUAGCUUCCGCAGGCAUGGUCCGCCUUCCAACCAUCCAGGGACGGGGGAUGCCCGUGAAGCCGUCCUCUGCAGCAUGGGCAGGGAUGACGAGGACAAACUCGUCUGCCGCCGCUGGCACAGGUCUCCGUCAUCGCGAGCAUGAAGACCGGCUAGAGAGCAACCGUCUCUCAGUGUAUCACAUCCAUCACUUGCUGCUUGCGCGGCCAGUCGUCUUCGGAGGGGCAUUGUCACCAGACGAGCAGCAGCAGCUCGUUACCCUGGCCUCGCCCCUGAUGGUACGGAACCUGACACCAUUCCCCCUCUCCUUCGAGCUCGCGAUCAUCACACAGUCAGCCGGCACGCCGGGACGUCCUUUUGCCAGGAGCGAUGAUGCGAUGCGUUCUGGCGACUGUGACGGAGAUAGUGACCCACCACUAACGGUGCGCGGCAUGAGCGAAGGAGGAGAGGAAUCAGACCAACUUCGUAAGGCCAAUGACGACCUCUCUACUCCCCAGGCUGCUGGGGCCGAAUUGGAGACGCGUGCCCUAUCUGAACCUACCAUGUUUGAACUUCAUGCCUGGUCCGAAGAGAGUGAAAAUGCUGGCGCAAGUGCGCAGAAGCAUGAACGUGACGUAGGGGUCGACGACCAAGGGCCUGAUGAGGAAAUACGCGCGAAGAGGCUGGCAACCUCCAUCCCGGGUGUUUCAGAGGAUUCAAGAAGACUCAGUUCGGUGACACCUGUCUCCCUUCUCGAUCUCCAGCGCACGCCCCGAUCCUUCGCCGCCCUGACCCCCUCUGCGCUCGGAUUCGCCUCAGCAGCACAACAGGGAGCUGUCAGCUUUUCCACGUCAAAUUCUGCUGUGAAUGGUAUUCCGGUAGGGUCAUUUGUUUGCGCUGCCCGAGGAGGUACGUACAGUUUACCUGCCAUGGCGCUGUGUGAAUCCGCUAACGAUGGCACAUUAAGGAGGCUGAUGCCGUGUGAUUCAGGAGCCUCUUACGCCAGGGCCGCGGCGGCGACCAUCAUCGAACAGAUUGUGCGACGGCCAAACUCCCAGCACAGGCACUCACGGACAGUUGAUGAGCUGGUUCUCCGCCGGCCUCGCAGUCCUGCUGUUUUCAACGCUUCCUCCUUGCUGUCCCUGAAAGUGAAACUUCUUUUGCCAGAUGCAUCGUCACGCGGGGCUCAAUGCGUCGAAGGAAUGAAUCUCGAGCGAUGCCGGAUGUCUGGUGUAGAAGCUCCGGCAGGUUUCUUGUCCGGAAGGUGGCCUCCGACGGACCGAGGGAGUCAGGUUUGGAUUUCAGGCUCUACAGUUCAGCCUGCGUGCUUGCAUGGAGUGUACUGCAGCAUUCUGUCCCUUCGGGCAGACGGAGAGACACGGGACAUCCUCAAACGAAAUCGCGGGUCUUCGGUGGUUUCGCAUCCGAAGGCAGAAUACUUACGUAUGAAACGCUCACCGAGCAAGGCACUUCAACGUUCCCCUGAUGAUGCAGAACGCAUUUUCUUGCUCGCGUUCUACUCAUGUACCACGUGGAAACCAGAAGAACAUAUUGUCAGCGCUCAGACGCGCGGGCAAAAUAUGUGCAGCCCGUCGUGGCUUCUCCCUCCCUUCGUCGGCUGUUGUGGCGGACAUCCUGACGACGCCCUCUCAACGGGUGUCCGAGGUUCUCGGGAAGGGAAAGCCGUUUCUGAUAUGCCAGGGUUCAUGGGCCUAGGAGAUCUGUUCGGAGAGGAAACAGUUGACGAAGUGACAUCGGAGCCCACCUGUCAGAGGAGUACAUGGGUAGUCAAAGCACCCCUCCGCAUAUGCAAUCAUCUACCUUUUUCUGUGAGGCUUCGCUUUCGGGACGUGGUCGCCCGGAGAACUGUACGGCGUUCGGUCGCUACCAGUGCAGGGACAAGAGAUCCAAACGUGGUCGGUUCCCAGCCCAGUGCCCUCAGCGAGCAGCAUCCGCCUCGCGAAGUACCCCAGUCACCCUCGCCAGACUACAUCGAGUCCCUCUUGGCCUGCGGAUGCCACGCUGGAGCUGGUGAGGGUGACGUGCGGCGUGAGAACGCCCAAACUCUUGAAACUGCCUAUUCGGCUCCUAAAGAAGCGGCUGGCAGAGGAUCGUGCAAUGUGACUGUUCCGGCCUUUCAACAACGGCUCUGCUGUGGCGUUCAUGGAACCGGAAUUCUACUCGCAAGCCUCAAACUACCUCAAUCUAGCUGGAGCGGAGCAUACCGUGUGUGGGGCGCAACCAGCCCGCCAGAUGGGGAGGAAGACCUCGGACCAGUAAAUGCCAUGCGUAGGCGCUGUGAGGCUGCUGGUGGCUGGCCAAGGCGUGCCAGUACAGGCGUUCCGCUGUCCAGUGCUGACGCAGAGGUGACGCCUUCCCGCCGAUCUUUUGGUCGUGGCGAGAUAGGGUCAACUGCAGCUCGCUGGUAUCGGGUUGGCAUUGGGUACACGAAGAGUCAGCUACACGAGGUACAGGUGAUUCGAGUGCCACAUGCGCACAGCCGGAAAGUCUCCGAAAUUCGGGUUUCGGUCAUCUAUUCCCCAUUCGACCCUGCGCUGCCUCCCCAUUACCCAGGAGUAGCCGCUGCUCUGACGCUGAUUUUGUCGGCACCUGUGUGGCUCUCGCAACGCUGCGUUGAAGCCCCGCUGUCCUUCCAGCCGCAGACAUCUGCAGCACACUCAAAGGGCUUUUGGCAAGACGCCGCCGUGCACGCGUUUGGGUCUUGCAUGGCGGGGCAUGCAAGUGACAGCGACACUUCGGGAGAUGAGGCGAGCUCCAGGGAGUGGAGAUUCCCGGCUGAGGAACCUGUCGCUUGCGGGGAACACGGGUUUGCUACUAGAGGGUACCACAGCCGCUACAAGGUCGCGAGAAAUCUGGUGGUCCCCUCUAGAUUUGCAGGGAUGAGCACCUCGUUGAGCAGGUUGCGGCGCCGCACACAGGAAGGUGCUCGCAGAGGCAGAAGGUGGCGGUGGGGUAGCCUGUAUGGAGUAGACGGAUCUGUCGCGCCGUCUUCCCCCUUGCCGAGCAUGCUAUUCUCCAGGCGCAGAUCUGUGAACCCCUCUCAGUCCCCCCUUCCGGCGUGCAAGUCGUCGGAUAGCAGCGGCGGUCAGCUUGGCAUCUCUACACUUGCGACCGGAAGAUCGUCUGCAUUCGCGGAAAGGCAUAGGCGAAACCCUCAACCGGUAACCGGUAGCAGGAGCUGGGGCCUCGGCGAGUUCCGCAGAGCCACAAUCGACGCUUUGGCGAGUGGCAAAAUCACGACCAGUCUCGCCGGUGCUGGUUCCACACCGCUCCUCGUUGCUUCGUCCACACUUCAGAUAGGGUGCUGCUUCAUGAGGCCGCAACAGCGAGACGCCUGGGAUGCGCUAGAACGCGAACGAGGCCCCUUCCACGCCAAAAUCUUAUGCAGCCUUAGGGAACGCGAACUUGCUGGCGGUGAUAGAGGCGGAAAUCGGAAACGGAGCGGCGUGUUCCAUAUUGGACGUACCGCGGGGAAGAUCAGAAGGCGACGGGAUACCCCUCAACGCAGAAAUGAGUUCUGCGGCUGCGGAGCCAUUGAUUCGUUUGAAUGGGAAAACUAUGAAUGUGAAGAAAAUGAUGGAAAUUCCGCGGCACCUGGAUCUCGGAAUUCGCGGAAGUCUGUAGGUGCGCAGCUGGCUGGUCCAGACGCAGGAGACCCAGAAGCCGUUGUAUUCCCAGAGUUCUGGUCCAUACUAACGUGCAACCCCCAUCCCCCCGCGUCUGGUUCUCGAGGAAUGGAUCAUUUCCGAUCUCGGCUAUCCGCGGCAAUGGCCAUGCAGAAGUUCACCAUGACUGCUGGGUUGCUGGACGUGGAGUCGCUGCUAUGUUCCCGCUCAGUACUGUCCUAUCUGUCAGCAGACUCGAAUACGACUACGGAGCAGGCUCAAGAUGUCCUUCCAGAAAGGGCAGAUAAUGUCCCGUCAUCUUCGCCUUGCAGAGGAAGGUCUUCUGUAUUGCCUCUAGAAAUUUCGCCACCAGCUGAGGCUCUACCCGUACGUAUCGGGUGUUACGACAUGGUCCUGCAACAGUCUGGCGCUUGCGCUCCGGAUACUCAUCUGCUCGCUUUGACAGUCCUUCCGUCGGUCUCUGCCGCUCUGCCCCAUGCCGUGAAACCAUGUCUGGCCGCCACUUCCAACCCAUCCGAUAGUGAGGAGUUUGGGGGUACAUCACGCAGCGAUGUUCUCAGCUGCACACGCGCUGACCCGGUGCAAUCUCAAACAAAUGUCCGGUUCCAGACCCUUGCAGGAAGCGCUACGUGCUUUCCGUGCUUCGGGUCUUCGGCUGCUUCACUUCCCACCUCUGCAUUAUCCUCGGUGUCAUCUCUGUUGUCCGCGAGGUCUGUCUUGCUACAAUUCGUCCCGCGGUUUGUGUUCAUCAACACUCUAGACGUCGACUUGGAGAUUCGGCAGGCGAACGUCAGUGUGCCUUUUGCCUUGCUUUCGUAUUUCCCUCCGGGGUAUUCCAACGGGGGUUUUGGUGGACGCGGUAGUCAAGACGCCCCUGUUGGUCGGGACACUGCGUCACAGAGUGACCACUCCAGCCUGGCCUCAUACGUGGCAAAACAACACCGGGUCUGCGCAUUGAUGGAUGAUGGAAUCGACGAGGAUGAUGAUGAGGAUGUGUCUCUCUUCACUGCCUUGUAUCUGACUCCGUCGUCCCCAAUUCUUUAUUUGCCGAAGGGCGCCGCGGCAGUGUUCCAUUUUCCGGAUCCGACGGUCCCGUACGCCGUGAAUAUUAGAUUAUCAUCUCACACCGCAUCAGGAGCGCCCGCCGUGUACCCAUCCCGCUCGCACGUACCUCGGCCAUAUCAACAGCACUCUGGCGGCAUCGUGGGCGACGUAGGCUACCUGCUGCCACCGGACUCGCCUCUGCUCCUUCCCCAUCCUGCGUUUGAGGGCAUGCGGCUCCUCGAUGUGCUCCGGCAACACGACGUUCUACUGAUGCAAGACCGAAGUCGCCAAGACGGUGCCGCUGCUGCUCUGGCAGCUGCUCUCGACCAAGAUCGGCUAUCCUCUUCCAGUCGUGGGGGACCGCGACGCGGGUUUCCAUGGACAGAACGAGAGACGCCCGUCGGGACCACACACUCUCGGGAUGUUCACGACGCUGCCUGGGCGCCGUUUGAGGGCGAAAGCCAUAUGCUACAGAAUGCGCGUAUGGAAUCCAAUUUUGGCGAGUCGGUGUCUCGCGGAGGAGCCAUCGAAUCGAUGACAGACGCGAGCGAGGUUGAGCAACUCCAUUCGGAGAAGCCAAGUCGUGCUGUGCUUCGUCAGGGCCCCGUGCAGGGUGUCCCAGAGUCCGCCCGUUCUGGCACUACGAAUGAACAGCGAAAUGCAGUGGAGAUUUGGAACUCCAGCCAGCGCUUCGCAACGGGUGACCUGAGGGGCGCUCUGCGAUCAACUCUAGAAACGGAUGGCGCAGAUGAGAGCCGCAGAGGAUUCCCUUCGACGGUCCCUGCUCAGAGGCAACCUGAUUUCGAGGAGUCGUACGCCGUUCAGCCCUACGACUCUCAGGGAGCAGGCCUCUCAGAUCCAGGCAGCUCUGCGAGUGGAAGGGGUGGAAGAAGCGACAGCGUAGAUGGCCGUGGAUACAGACCAAAGGGCAUCCGCUGGCGUGGACGCACUGAUAACCGCGAAAACGUGGCGUUCUAUUCCGUGGUUAACGGCGGCUGGCAACUAGGCAAGCCUCCACCCAGUGGGUUUAGUACGUCACAGUGGAGUUUUCCUACAAAUGCUCCUGAGGGCACCUGGAAGCCUGGGAGCAGCUGCGCCGAGGGCGCUUUGAGUCGCAGCGAGAGUACGGGUACCUUAGAGAAGGUAGGCGUUCCAGACGGUGGACGGCGGCCGCAGCGGCGGCGCUUUUCGCCGAGGAAGUCGGCAUCCUCAGCUAAGGUCGGUGCCCAAGAAGACCACCAGGAGGGGGCGGUGUGCGCGGUUGCCCCUCGGUACUCGAAGAGUCGACGUCACACUGCAGCCUCGCUUUCCGCCGUGCCGCGGCAGCCCGCGAAGGUGAAGCGCCAUAGCCUCUGGGGUGAGGGCGAUACAAGAGCGAUGCGUGAGGGACUACUCGCGCGGAUGGCUAAAGUGGGCGAGGGCUCUCAGAGAACGCAGGCAUCUACCGACUUGGGCAACAGGAAGGCACUCCCGGGCGUUUCUGAGGGAGGUGUGGGUCUUUCGCGCGGUGCAGCAGUCUACAGUACGGAGCGGGGAGAGCGCGCUCCGGUGGAGCGCUCUCCGUGGUGGUCAUCCGAAGCCCUGGCGGGAAUGCGGAAGUCAGACGAGGACACAGCGACUUCACUGCAUUCAGCGGUAACGUCUGGCAGAAGAGUUCCAGAUCAGGCUUCUGCAGAGGCACGAAUGCAAGCGCGUCGAAUUCCAUGUUCAACCACCGGGUUACCUGGACGUUGCCCGUCUCGAGGGAGUGAAGGGGGCAGCAUGUGCAGGGCGCUCUCUGGUGUCACAGAAGCGGGAAUCCAGAUGAGAGGCCAUGCAGGAGCGUCACGUGACGGUUCGCUCCCAGAGUGCCACAAAGCAGGUGAUAACAGGCGUUGCCUCACGCGCGCGUUAUCGUCAGGAACGCAAACUCUUAACAUCUCCCGCUAUGGAUUCAUACAAUCUCUGGCAUCUGUUUCGUCCCUGUCAGAUGCAUCAGGGCCGUAUGGUGAGUCAUGCCGGAAAAGUGAGGACACGGAUGAUUCGACUCAAGAGGAAAAUGCAGCGGAUCCGGACUAUCUGCGAAGUUGCCGUCGCCACAGAGAAGCCCUGUAUGCGCGGUAUACGAGUGUCCCGCUUCUCCCCCCGCCUCCUCCUCCUUAUGUUAGUCCUCCGCUACCGUAUUUCCUGUGGACAGAUUGCCUUUAUGUGUCUGGACCAGCCCCCCAAACGCCAGCUUAUCGUCCAUAUCGGCUUAUUGCAAGAACAGACAAGGAUGACGAAGAUCACUCCAAGCGUCGAUCAGGUGUCUCGCCGCGUCAUCGUUAUGCGAGCGAUGGAUCCAACGCUGUCAUCUCUGCGGUUCUGAACCCUCUUCUAGCCACCUGUGGGGAGGGUGAUAUGACUUCUGACAACGAGGCAUUUGCUCACGAACGCGUCCCAGUCAGCUCCGAGACGUCGUCGGCGCAGACCCCCGUGUGCUCGACAGAGGCGGCUGCGGCCGCUGCUGUGCGCAGCUCCUGUCAGUCCCUCCCGUUGCUUGACUGCUUGGGGAAUUUGUUUGCGGGAAUAGAGGCUACUAUUGGCGACAGUGAUGGGGGGAAAGGCAGCAUCCGCUGUGUUACGUUUUCUGCUGCUCGGAGUGCUCCGGUACAUAUUGAAAACCACCUUCAGUCAUCAUAUAUCGUGGUGACAACCAGCGCACCGCGCUGCUUCACGACGGCUGCCGGCAGGGUGUGUAACCGAGGCUGGUCUACUAACGCCGGCCCUGGAUGGAGCUCAGUGACAGAGAGUCUUUUGAAUAUGAGUCCUGGGGAGUCCGCAAAUGGGAACGAUAACGGCGCUCAGGAGAGUGCGGCGCACAGUUCCUCUGCAGGGUGUCCACACGGGAACUGCGGGCCUCCGCUCGUCUCCGUUGGUCCUCUUCAGAGCAAGCCGUUCUGGCUUCAGCGCGCGCUGCCGCUCUGUCCGGCCUGCGAAGCGGCAGAUGCGGCUGCGACCGCGGCAGCAAGGAGUGCAGCAGCUGCUGCCUCCUCCGCAGCAACCGCAGGAUUUGGGGAUGAACGCUCCGUUGAACGCGCCGCGAGUUCUUUCAGAGGGGCAGGCAGAACGAACGACAGGCGGCGACAGAGCCUACGCAGGAGCGCUUCUGCCCUUGAGAGAAUGCAUUCUGACGUCAAUGAAGGGUGGGAGGCUUGCCGAAUUCGGCGAAGGCCGGUGCUACGCCUGGAAGGCUCCGGUGGAGAAUCAGGCAGUAGCUCCGAGGGCGGAUCUUUUGUAGACAACGCAGGCGCGAUGUACCUUGAAUGCUCGACUGAUGAUACCUCAAACGCGUGGGACUACAGCAGUGGAAGCGUGAGCGACUCAGAGAUUUCAUAUGAGGGAUAUGGAGGUUUCCGGGGCCUGGACCGAGAUUAUGGUGGUGGCUUCGCCGGUGACUUGUGGUCUCCUUCUUAUUCUAGCUUCAGCGGGAAUACGUCAAGCAAGGAGGAGUCGUACGCUUUUUCGGGUGCGAGCGACGCUUCAACUACAGACCGACUUCUGGCGCGCCUUGCAGCGGGGGAAGGAUCAGAUGACUGCUGUCUUGAAGAGCGGUCAGUCAGUGAUUUCAUUUGGCCUCCCCCAGCAGUUCGUGCGUUCCAGAGCCGCUUUGAAAGGAUGUGGGGAAAGGGGAUGCGGAAGUGUCACGAGACUGUGGCCGCAGCAGCCAGUGCACUGAAGCACUCCUUUCAGUUCCCAGACACGAGUGGCACGAACAGGGCCCCGAGCCGGCAGCUCCGGCAAUCCAGUUGGGGUCGACAGGGGAUAAUACGGUGGUUCGAAAAGCUGGCUGCGGCAGAACGACGACCCAAUACGCCGAUCGAACACGUCCCGGGAUGUCCGCGGCGGCGACAGUGCGCCACGGCAUCAGCGAAGAGCGGCAAGACAGAUCGCGCCCGUGGCGCGGCAGACCCACCAGACACGAAGGCACACGGGGGCGCCGGAGAGGCAGCACUCUCUAACAGCAUACUCGGAUCGGGAGCAAUGGCGUGUGAUGCCACAGCAGAGGCCACAGAAAGAGAGGAUGGCCAGCUGAGUCUGGAUCCUCUUGGAGAGAAGCUGUAUAUUCAGGUUGUGGGUCACGACCUUGCGUGGGUCGAAGUGGAUGUUUACAAGCAGAAAACGACGAAGCUCGUGCUGCACAACCCUCGUAGGACAUUCUAUUUCUACACCCGCACCGAAGGUCGCACUGCAAUAGUCAGCGUUUCUCACUUGCCCCCGCCGGAAUCAUUGGCUGCGUUGGCUGCACCUGCGGAAGAGAAGAAGCGGGCGCCUGUCGGUGACGCGAUGCAUACAGCGUGUGAUGGGCUAAUCGCUGGAGUCGAGCUAAAGCAUGAUGUGCAAGCACUGGAACAAGGGGAGGACGAUGGACCGACACCGCCUGGGAGGAAGCCUGAACGGGGACAACUUCCUCUUGAUUCUGAUAGAAACACGGCAUGGCUUGCGAAUGAAGGUGCUUCGCAGAUUCGCCAUUCAACACUGGACAGCGCUGGAAAGCGACUGCAUGCCAAAACCGUCAGAACGACAAUCGACCUGCCGUGCGUCUCAAUCUCUUUCAUCUGCGGGUCACCGGCUUCUGCCGUUGAUCGAUGUUUGGGAGUAUACCGAAGCCCGCGAGAGUCCGCAAUAAGCGCACUGAGCCUUCCUUCGCAGCUGCAGCUAGACCUCCGAUCUCUUAACUUUAAUCUCACUAGUCGAUAUCUUUUUCCUUCCGGCCUGCUCACGGCAAGUCCACAAGGAGCUCAACGGCAUGCUCUCGUCGCCCGCCACGCUGGGGCCUUCUCUAUUCAGCAGGUUCAUCUCUUCAACUUCGAAUCUGAUUCUACGUCGUUCCCAGUUAUCCUCGGCCCCACUUCGCUCACGCUUUGCUCGGGUGCAGCGGCCUUCCCUGUGACCACUCAGCAAGCACGGCUGGGAGAGGACGCUUCAGGCCCCGCGUUCAGCUGUUUCCCUCAGAUCCCUGGAGCUCAGACGUUGGCAAUUGUAGGAAGGCCGAUACACAAGGAUGAAGAGGCCCGAGGUGGUCGGAAACGCCACGCUUCAACUGGGCCGGAAUUGCCCGAGCCUCCAACUUUCCGAAUUCAAGUAGCCGCGUCGUCUAGGCGGCAGCAGGGGUAUCCGGGAAUGUAUCCGUUCAUGGUUUACGUACAGCAGGCCAUCGACGAUCUCCGCGUAUGUUGUGCUCCUCUUACGGUUAACGUCGAUAUGCGCCGAAUCCUCUCAACGGCGAUCGACUUCUUGGAGAUGAUUCAGUCAACGGCUUCACCCCUUCUACUUCAGCUGCAGUCCCAGCCGUUCUACCCGUGCGCCUCAUAUCAGGGACUGCGACCCCGGAGAACACUGGAGACAGAAAUGGGCUUCGAAUGCGUCGAAAGAUGCUCUGGUCCUCCAUCCGCCCUUGCAGCCGAACUUUCGGCGUUGACGUGCCUAACAGGAUAUCAAGGUCUUUCAGCUGUCACGUUCAUCGACCCGCGUUCCCUUCUGAUGCCAAUUGCGAGGACUGCAUCCACGGAAGUCGCGACUGGAUGCUCUCGCAGACGGCCGCUUUCAGAGGGAACCGAGUUUCAAUCAUGGGGAUUACACGGUGUGGCAUUUCCAUAUGAGACGACCCGCCACGCGAUCGAAAUGAGAGACGCAGCACUGCGCUCAAAUUUGACGGCAUUCUCUUCCCUAUUCGGUACCUGCUUUCCUGCAUCCGCCGUCCCGACCUUCGGUCCCUCUUUUGCUCCGCCUGCACCGCCGUCGUCAGCUGUCGCGGAACUUGUUGUCAAUUCAAUCUCAAUCGCUCCAGUCGUGGUGAACCUGUCAUGUAUUUUCGAUGGGCUCUUGGAGCUGGGGACAGGGUUCCGGGGUAAGCGCCACGCGCAACUAUCGCACACAUUCGAUGGAGUUCAAGGCCAUGAAACAGCUGUGGAACACUGCGACGACGCCGGCGGGAAUCACGGACACCACAGACAGGUUGGAGGAGUUGCCUGGUCCUCCGCCAACCAAGAGAUGGGCAGAAGCGCCUGCCAUCUAGGAGACCCAACUAGCAGCACUCGGGACUCGCCGCUUACGAGCCGUUUGCUAUCGGUUCUCCUUCGAUCAAUGAAUGUGGAGAACGCCGUCGUCAAAAUCGGGCAGUUCUCGUCGGACUAUGCCCUUCUCCCUCUGCCCCUCGUCUUGUUUUUCCUUUCCCAACACGUUCAAACGCAACUCAAAACCGCAGCAGCUACUACAUUGCUAUCCACUGACGGUCUUUUGAAUCUAGCGUCCUGGCAAGACCGCUUAAAGGCGAUUGAGAGGUUCCUCAAUACAGCACUAGUCUCCAAAUCUGGCAGUGUCUGCAGUGACCAGGCGUCUGUGUCUCAUUCUGUACCGGGACAAGAGAUGGACGGUCAGGAUGGAGGUAUGAGCGUGAAGCGCUGGAAUGAAACAAGACGGAGACGUCAAUGGCCACAAGACCAUUCUGCCCGCGGCACCUCAUGGCUUUGGCCAAGCCGUUCCGCCAGCUUAGUUCAAGCUCAUUUUCUCCGAACACAGAGGAACAUACUCACCAGGGCAGAAGCUCUACGCGCGGCAGCUUCUGUCGUCCUCGAGGGUCUUGCGGAUACCAUCUCUCGCGCCGUUGGCCUGUACGGAGCCGUCGCGCUUUCAGCACUCCCCGAAUUACAACAGGCUGACGAGGAGCCUGGAGAAGCUCGUGGUGCCCCUACAUCGUCGUCAGUGAGGACUCUUCAGCUCAUGCGGCCAGACCCCCAGGCAGAUGGAUUUGCUGCAGAAGUGUGGCAGGUUCAACGCCUGCCUCCUGCGCUUUUGCUGGAAGGUCUAAUGCGGGGGUGGACUCGGCUUCUUGAAGACUGCGGCGAGGCACUCCAGGAUUUCUUCCGAUACCCUGUGGUAGCUGUUUCUUCUCGCGGUGCUGGAGGCCUCCCGUCGCGUCUCGUAACAGGGACUCUCUCCCUGCUGGUGAAACCGGUGGUAGGAGUCUGCGAAUUCGUUGCGCUUGCAGCGUCCGGACUGCACUACCAGCUGCGGCAACAGCGCCCAAUGAGGCAUAAUGCACAGCAGUUGUUGUUCCAGCAGUUGUCGUUGCUCAUGCGCGGCAGCCCUGUUAGUGGCGGAGUGGUUUCUUUGCCGUUCCUUGGUUCUCCGUAUAUCGAGCCUCGCUUCCUGCUCCAGCGGAAUCAUGUCCACAUGCAGUCCGUUUGUCGGUUCACCGACGUGUCUCCCCCUGUCGCUGCUGCCUCAGCUGCGCUAGGGUUUGCCACGUCAUCAUCGGCAGCAACUCUGCUUCCUCUUCCGCGCAUGCUCUACGGGCCCCAGCGUGUACUGCGACCGUAUGACCCUAGAGAUUCAUUCGUCCAGUUGAUUCUGCUUCACACUGGCAGGUUCCGGGGACUUGCGUACAUGGCUCAUGUUCGGGACCGGCGUCCAGCGGCGGCCGCUGCCGAGGUUGCUCACGCGGUGUCCAUUGCUGCCAGCCGUGCGCCGGAGACUCGUGCAGCUCUAUGGAAUGCGGUUUCGGCGACAAGUCCUGGCUGCACAGCUAUGAGUGUGGCUUCCACUGCAGGGCCAGGCAGAAGAGAGCGUGAAACGCGUGGGGUGCGCGGACGUCCUGUCGGAGGCCUGUUUACCCUUCUCAUCUUGGAUGAUUAUUGUUUUGUUGUGGUAGGGUGGCCGCUCGUCGUCUUACUGCGUUUUAAGGUGAAACGCAUCAGUAGUGUGCGCUGCACCAAAAUUCGCUCGGGAGCAGUGAGGCGGGAUGGUGACGAGCAAUUAUCUCGCUGUGGCAAUAGGAAAUCUCGUAGGAUUCACGUGGGCGAGAGUGGAGAGCCUGUCGUCCGUUCACGGGCUCGAGGUGACCGAAAACACGGUCGCGCAGACGAGAAGACGAGCUCCGCUUCGAAGGCUUCAGCGAAAAACUUGGUCGGAACACAGGAGACUAAUCCCGAGGCGUCGGCUCGUACCACUUCCCGAAGGCCACUGAACUCAGAGCCUGGGAGCACGUGCCGCCUCGUGCUCUGCGUAGGAAUGGAUCGUGAGCUUGAUGAGCAGGUGAAUCGCUGCAAUGCUGCAGUCGCUGCGGCCUCCGCUCUCGUCACUUCUGCGGUGUGUGGAGAUGCGAGCGGCGCAAGGGAGGGGUUCACAGGUGGGGCGUUUUCGGGAGUUGGCGCUGCGACUCUCGGGCGAUUGUGGCAAGGUCUCGGAUUCCGUCACGUCACUCUAGGCGACGAUGAAACAGACGAGAGAGAACACGCCGAACAUCAGCCUGCACCCACGCAUCGUCUUUUCUGGGUUGUCGACGUUUCGCAACCGACCUCCCCAGCCGGUGCGGAUACGAACUUACGGACAUCGAGAAUGAGGACAAAUGCCGGUGAGACACCUGCGUCAAACUCGGGUCCCCCAGUUGGUUUGUCUCGUGGAAGAUCGACUAUGGAGUCCGACUCGCAUGUAGUGCAAGACAAGCCGAAAGACAACGGGUCUGCGGCACUUCCCCGGGAAGCACUCAAUGAAGCAGCACUUUCCGAACGGCGUGGGCGCCGGCGCAGUUCCGCAUCUUCGUCGGCUGCGGGAAUUCGCGAAGGCGUUGAAAACAAUCACGUGGGCGUGCAGAGCUGCGGUAUCGAGCAUCCAGGGGUGGAGGCGGAGGAUGGGAAAAGCUCGAGGUGGAUGGUUCUACAACUCAACUGUGUCGAUGAGGACAAAGCCAUUGAGUUCAAAAAGGAAAUUGUCCGCAUGAAUUGCCAAACGUGCUGA